AUGCCAAAUAGAAGGGAUAAAGGGAAGGGUAAAGCCUCACAAAAUAUUGAAACAAUUCUUCUUCUUUCCAGCCCGACAAACUUACCAGAGAGGAUUGUCAAAACAGUGCCUGCCCUCACAUCACCAGCCCCCGCUAGCAGACAAAGUACUCUCAAAAUUACAGCUAGAGAUUCCCGCAAGUUAGUGAUAUACGUUGGCUCUUUAAAUGAUAAAUGGAGUUCAUACAAGAAUAUAGGUAUAUUAUCAAAGAUAUUUGAGGACUUAGAAGAGCUCAUUAUCGAUGACUCUGAUUUUGCUUUCUGUCUCUUGAGCUCCUCUCCUAAUUGGCAGGAUGCUAUCACCGCAGAGUCAUUAGAUAUACAUCAAGUCCUUGUGGCAACACAUUUCCACCCUAAAGAUGGACCCCAUAGGUUGGAGGUCAGGAGCAAGCCAAUAACCGUUAGAGAUUUUCUGAUGAAUUUUCCUGGAGGGCCGUUUACAAAAAUUGUUUUCUUAGUUAAAUACCAAACAGAAGAACAACGGGCAAUCAGGAUCAAAAAAGAGGAGGAGGAAACACAAGAGUUUCUCACUGCUAUAUGGGCAAGAAGAAACAGGUUUGAUUCACCGGCGGUUAUCAAAAAGAAGCUUUCUAUGAGAGUAGGAGAACAGGCACCUUCCUCAGAAGACCAACAUUUUACCAGUGAUUCCCCGUUGCCCUCUACUCCUACAUUAAAAAGGGAUUCAACGGCUUUGACUCCUGAUCUACCUGAGGAGUCAAAUUAUUUACUUAGCUCUCGCCAUUUAGAGUCCUCUCCGUCACCAGUUGGUAAAGAUAUUCCUUCAAUACAACUUGAAGGGAAUGCUAUACAAGAGACCAGAAAAUCUAAUCGGCAACCAAAGAAGAGGAGGAGAUUAUAUGAGGAUAGUGAUUAA